AUAUUUUUAGUGAUACUCAAGAAUUUGUAUUUUGUUGAAUCUAGUGUAAGCCAAGCACUGAAGAAUAUUUGCCUGUAUCUUGCUCAAUGAGACCGGGAAUUACAGCAACAAUCGGCCGCAAAAUGGACUCAAAUUCGGCGCAAAUGAAAAAUUUAAACUCGAUAUAUGGGAUUACAUUUGGAUUUAUACUUUUAUUAAGUACUCAUAUUGGACACACAAUUGCAACAAAAUGUGAACAAAUAACGGUUAAACGUUGUAUGCGGAUGCCAUGGACAUUAACACAUAUGCCAAACUUGGUUCAUCAUUCUUCCCAAGAAAAUGCUGAAUUAGUUUUAUCGCAAUUUGAGCCACUAUUGAGCAUACAUUGCAGCGUGUACCUCGAGUUCUUUCUAUGCUCAAUGUUUACACCGAUGUGCUUCCAUCACGAAGGAGAAUUUCCAAAAAUUGUGCCACCGUGCCGCAAGAUUUGUCAGGAUGCGAGGAAUAGAUGCGAACCAAUCAUGCUCAAGUAUAAUGUCACGUGGCCUGAGCAGUUAUCCUGUCACGACCUGCCGGAAUAUCACAGGGGAAUGUGUAUUGAACCAGACGCUUUCAUUCAAAGACAAACUGAGAGCCCCGACGAGCUUCCAAGGUGUUCGGCUGCUUCACCAGUGAAAUGCAAGAAAUGCAAAAGAUUCAAAAUGAAAGACAAAGUUUUCUUCGCCAAAGAUUAUGACUUCGUCAUUCGCGCAAAGAUAGAAAAGGUAAUCCAGAACCCAUGCGACGCAAGUGUUAAGAUCAACGUCACUCAAGUCUUCAAAAUGAAAACAAUUCUAAUCGGACCUGGACCAAACGUCCUCACUUUCAAUGAUUCGUGCGCCUGUCCCAAACUGAAACGAGGACGUGAAUACAUUCUUGGAGGUUACGAAAACUCAAGCAAUGGUGACCUGCUGCUACAAAGAGAAAGUAUGGCAGAGAAAUGGGGAAGAAAAUGGGAAAAGAAAAUUGGUAAAUGGGUGAAAAAGAAGGCCAAGACGCCACUAAAUCGACGUAGAAGGACAAACGAGUCUGCAGCGCCACCUAAGCGAACAAGAAAAGGCAGAAAACGCAGUAGAAAGACUCCGGACAGAAAAUGAAAACCGG